AUGGCGGGGAUGUGUACGGCAACAGAGCUGGUCAAACAGAGCUGACUGCAAUAGUUGGUAUUGCAGAAAGCUUUUCUAUUUGAACCUCUGGAGCAGUUGCGAAUUUUUGAUGUUGCUCACAAAAGUGACUCAAGGUAUCGAGAUUAUGCGCAUAAAUUAUGCGUAAACGCUUUUGUCGGCGGCUGUCUUUGGUUCUUUCUGUGGCGAUCCUGCUAAGUUUUUACAAAUCUGUACAAGAGCUUCCUCAGGUCAUUCUUCCGUAUCCUUUACAGAAAAAAAUCGGAGUCAGUAAAACGCCAGCGUCCGUGAUUGUGCUAAUCUGGUGGUAUCCAUUCGGCAAGAAAACCAAUAUACGGGACUGUGAUACUGUGUACAACAUCGGGGGCUGUCGAUUGACAGCAAACCGGCAAUUCUACCCCGUUUCGCAGGCUGUGAUCAUACACGAUCGAGACUUAGCAGGAAAUGUGAGCCAGCUCCCUGUAGUGCGGAGACCCUCUUUCCAGAGGUGGGUUUGGAUGAAUUUCGAGUCUCCCACUCACACUUCAGGUCUAGAAAAACUUAAUGGCGUCUUUAACUGGACUUUGUCAUACAAACGGGACUCUGACAUCUUUAUGCCUUAUGGAUACCUCUAUCCCAAAAACACGGAAGGAAGGAGAGUAGUGCUACCCGCCAAAUCUAAAUUAGUAGUUUGGGUCAUCAGCAACUGGAAUGAGGACCAUGCCCGGGUUAAAUAUUAUCACAAACUCAGUCAAUAUGUGCACAUCGAUGUGUAUGGAAAAUAUCACCAGAGUCUGCAGAAUAACAGCGUUAUUCAGACUGUAUCAUCUUAUAAAUUUUAUCUGGCUUUUGAAAAUUCGCAACACGUGGACUACAUAACUGAAAAGCUCUGGAGAAAUGCCCUCAUGUCUAGUACUGUGCCAAUAGUCCUAGGGCCCAGCAGAGCCAAUUAUGAACAGUAUAUACCGCCCGGUUCUUUUAUCCAUGUAAAUGAUUUCACGACUCCCAAAAAGCUGGCUGAGUAUAUGUUAUUUCUGGAUAAAAACAGAAGUCGUUAUCAGAAGUAUUUCGAUUGGAAAAGGCGAUACAGUGUGCAUCUGGCAAAUUUUUGGGAGGAGCCUUACUGCAAAGUAUGCCAGGCGGUCAAAAGUGCCAAGGCUGAUUGCAAGACCAUCUCAAAUCUGGCCAGUUGGUUCCAAUGAUUAAAGUAUCAGCCUCAAUAUUACUGCUAUAAGGAAACCAGGAAAUGAAAGUUUUUUACAUAUUUAACUGAUCUUUUUAGGUUGUAUAAUCUGCUGCCAAAUUGUGGAAUGCACAUUCAAUGACUGUAUUUGUUAAGUGUAAUUCUAUGCUACGCAUGAAAUUGCUGCAAGAACCAUAAUAAGUUAUUUUUAAAUGUGAUUUCAAAAACAUUAAUUUGAAUGUGAGUUUGCUCACUGAGCUGGAAGGUUAGUUUUCAGAUGUUUUGUCACUUUUUUUAUUUGAAAAAAUACACUUAUUCAUAAGAUGUACAAAAAAUGAAACAUAUUUAUACACCUACCCAGUCAUGCAAGCCACUCUGGGUUACCCAGGGGGUACGUACACCAACUAAAGGAAAAAAAAAAGAAGAAAAAAACAAAGCAAAGAAAAUACCCCGGCAGUCGUCACCCCGCACAGUCCCCGUUGCCCCCCUGACCAGUUGGGGAAGGCGCCAACUGGGCCCAGUUACCAGAUAGGGCCCUAUUUUCCAUUCUGGACGA